CGGUCUUCAAGGGCGUAAUGUCGGGGUCUUCAAGGGCGGGUCCUAUCGAGUAAUGUCUUCAAGGGCGGGUCCUAUCGAGCGUGGCCUAGCCUACAGGCACAACAGGGUGCUGUGGACCCAUAGCGUGACCCCGAGUUUUAUAUCUUGAUCCUUGGCAACCCAGAAGUACUGACGCAGGGGCGUGGAUAGAAUUCAGAUCCAAGGGAAGAGAAUCACAUUCCCUCAAGGACUAUACUCACAAGAGGUGCCCCCCCAAGUCUGUCAUGUUCCCCCUGAAUGAAAGGAAGCUGGCCGCUGCAUUGAAACGAGAGGGUCAAUUGAUUUGGUCAGAAUGGGGCCCUGACCGAAAGCCUGGAGAAGGCCGUGCCACCAUCGAUCCAGCAGAACCAGGAACAUUGCAUCUUUGGACUCACAAAUCUGAGUACGCACCAGAGAUGCAACCCCGAGAUGCAGCGAUGGCAUUCGCCCGGGGAAAACUCGAUGGGCCAACCACAGCCGAAGAGUGUGCCCAUGCUGGCCCAUUUGAAAAUGGACCAAGAGGGACUACGACUGAAAUGGCCACUGAGCCAAGAUUGAGUACUGGAUCAACGUGCCAAGAGGCCACCCAUGCUUAUGAGCUCAAAAGAAAAAACACCACAAUUUUGGAGGAUGACCCAUGUACUUCGUAUAAUAAAGACUUGGAACCCGUCGAACCAGGUGCCAAGAGGAGCAGAAUAGAUACUGGCGAAUUCCUAGACCACUCAUCUAUUCCCAAAAUCUCGGAGGUGCAAAGAAUCACAGACGAUCUCAUACGCGCUGGAGUAAAAGCGUGCCCAAAUGGCGGACUAGCAGAUCGCGACACUUGGAUUGCCAAGACUGAUAUAGACAGUGACUUGUUUUCUCUCGCUCGUACGAGCCAAAUAGCACCGGACGGCUCAGGUUAUGUGUAUGCCAUGUUGGCCUGCAGGCCUCCAAUGAGGCCCUCUUUGAACUUCGAGAUAUGGAAGUCUCGGGAUAAUUUUCCAACAUCCCUCAAAACCAAGGCAGUCUGGAUUGACACAGUGCUGGGAACACGGAAUGUUGCAAUAUCUGCCAACACACUCCCCAUUCGGAUUCCAUGUCCCAGUGCGACCAGACAGUUCAGACACGGUGACCCCGCGGGCCUCUACUUGGUUGAAGGAGAGUCAUGUUUGGUCCUGAAUAGACUAAUCACUCCACAAAGGACAAAUUGGCAAACGUGAUAUCAACUCCUGAUGAUAUUCUUGAAGAACAGAUCAGAGGGCCCCAGCUCCCGAAAAAUAAAGUGGGGGUUCCUGCUAUCAAAAAUGAAAAGAAUGUCUAAUACGAUGACCCCCUGGGUCAGAAAAAAAGAGUUUUAUACCUUCAGGUUUUCUCCUCUCUGCUUCUCAAAUGGUAAAAAUUGCAAUUCUAGUGCUUUGGUAUUAUAGGGUGCAGGAUAUUGCAACUCUUUCUCAAGUCGUGGGCUUACAGGAAGUGAUGAUAUUUAUAAUGUAAAGGUGGUACAGUUUUAUGUGCAUGUUAUAAAUGAUGUGUUUUAUAUUAAAUCUGUUGAAGGAAGAAAAGUAGGUGAGCAUUUUGCAUAUUUUUAAGCUUUACCUAUUUUUCUGCUUUUAUCAAUGGUUUCAGAAUUUCUGGAAACCAAUAAGUGAAAUAGGUUCUCUGAAUUCCUGGCUUUCAUGGGGGCGGGGGGGGGGGGGUUAAGUUGCUAGCCCUUUUCCUUCUAGAGCCAAGAUGGUGUAGUGAUUAAGAGUGGUGUACUCCAA